ACCCGAGCAUCUUCCCAAGUUCUUCGCCAAGUCCGGCUUCACCGACACUGACCCCAAGAAGACCAAGAAGGAUGGCGGCGGAAAGGGCAACUGGUAAGCUCAUUUCUCGUUGCUCACCUCUGUCAACUUUGCAGGGGUCACACUGGAUAGCUACUCGAAAAUGGCGCAACCUUAGCUACUUAUCGGUGUCACCUUGCGCUUCUCGGUCCCGGUCGAUCCCGUCUGCAUGAUGUUUAUGCUUCCCUUCGCUUCAAUGUCUACCAUCCGAACAUAGCUAACAUGGUUAUCGACAGGGGCCGUGAUGGUGACGAGCUUGAAGAUUACACCUACAACAUGACGAACCCGCGCCGCCGCUCCAACAGCACUGGACUCCACACCAUGAAGGACUUCAAGACCAAGUUCGAGACCAUUGAUCCCGAGCCCGUCUUCGAGGAGGAAGUUCACGGUCCGACUGUUGAGCAUAACGAUCUGGAGAAGAUGUCGAGUGGUGGCAGCAGCAACAGUGAGAAUAGCGUCCAGGAGGACGACCAGGUCGCCAAGAAGGCCUGAAUAUGCAUCCGGGCGUUAUGCAGCGAUGGGCUCACAUGACGAUCAUAUGGGCUUGACAUCUACCGCUCACGUUUCUGGCUGGAUUAGGCAGUAGUCCUGACCUGGUGCAGAUAACAGUUGCUUUCCUUGCUCUUACAUAAAGGACUUGCGGAUAUGCAGUCUGGGAGCCGCCCAUGCCAUCCCUCACUUGAUGCUGGCAGGUUAACGAUGUACAACAACUUUCAUAAUCAGUUACGAAUAACGAUCUCUUUCCUUGGUCGAGUACUGUUUUCCGGGCUUCUGCAAGAUACGCCUCUGAAUCGUCAGUCACUAUCGUUGACCACACUGCUUUAAUGUUAUGGCAUGCCAGUACUACGCCCAAAGUCUGCUCAGCGUGCCCCAUGUGCAUAGAUUUCCUACAAGUCAAGCAUUCCUACUGUUUCCCCCGCCACUCCUCGACACAACCUGC